AUGGUACGCGAAAUCAAUCGUUACGAGAAUGGAACUCUAAAGAAUAAACUUUUAUUUCCCGAUCAUAUUAAUGAUUAUCAUGGUUGUCGGUUAAAUGUGUCGGCCCAUAAAGUGCCACCACUCUUAACAUUUAAUGGCGAUGUGAACAAUAAAACACAUCUAUUAGAGAUCAAUCGCUUGAGUGGAAUUGAAGGUGAUAUUUUGAAAGAAGAGAAUAUAAUUAAUAAUUUUUAUGAUUCUAAGGGCUGUUUUGGAGAUCUGGAUAGAGAACGUUCACAAAUAGCCAUAGGAGGUUUCAGUUCGACUCAAUGGAACAACGACAAGUAUAGCAAAUCUUUCGUUUAUCAUACUACUCCAUAUGUAUUUGUGGUUCACAGUGGUGUAUGUUUUGGUCCAAUCAAACAACUACUCAAUCCUUUAUGCCCCUCAACAUGGACAUUUCUACUGAUUUUCUUUACAGCCUCAUUUAUUUUCAGUAAAUUAACUCAAACCAAACCAAGGGUACAUGACUUUGUAUUUGGGCCGAAGAAUAGAAACCCAAUAUGUUCAAUGUUUAUAAUUUUUUUCGGCAAUUCAUUACCAACGCGUUUAAUACCGAGACGAAAUUUUGCUCGAUUUCUUAUGGCUGCCUGGCUACUUCUAACAUUCGAAGUACGCAAUGGUUAUCAGGGCAAAAUGUUUGACAGUUUACGUUUUUCUCAACGUAUUCCAAUACCUCAAACAAUUUCUCAACUCAUAGAACAGGAUUACACCUUACUGACACAUUUAUAUAAUGAUUUCUAUCCAGCAAAUAAAACACAAAUCAUGGCUAAUACCACUAGACGUAUGCAUAUGCUACAGAUGAGUACUUCGAAAUUAACUUCCACGGCUCUGUUGGAUUCUUUGGCUCAUUACAAUUAUAAGAAUUGGAAUACUAGCACCUUGACUUACGUCGAGGAAACUAUACAUUCAUUUCCAUGUGUCAUGUACUUUAGGAAACAUUCCAUGUUACGUUCGAGUAUCGAUCGAAAAUUGAAGAUAUUCUCCGAUGCCGGUAUUACUUCACACAUUGCAAGGAAGCAUGUUCGUACCAAGUUCUUGAAGAUGAAUACCAAUUCACAGUUUGUCAGCAGAUUGGCAAAUGAAAAUCUAAAAGGAUUGUACUUUAUAAGUAGUGUCAUGUUUUUGAUUUCAACAGUUGUCUUUAUUCUGGAAUUGCUAACACGUAAAUCGCAAAAAUUGGAGAAAUUUAUGAAUGCGUUAAAUUCAUUUUAA